UUUGUAUUUGCUCAACUCUAUAUCUUUCUUUCUGCACCUCACUUUCUUUGAAACUUUCCACUUUGACAAAUCCACACGCAAUUGGUGAAAUUCUUGUAUCUCGUCACUUUCCUGGAAAUUUCCUUCUUCCUCGUCCGACCUCCUCUUAUUUAACUUACCCUUUCUCACCCUCUUCUCUCUCUCAUAGAUUACAGCCCAUUUCCUGAUCUUAGAUAAAAUUUCUGUUAUUUUCUGGGAUACCCAGUUCGUGUUUUAUUGUUUUUAUUUUUUUUAAUCGGCUUGUGAAGGGAAUUGGAGUUGAAGAUGGAGAAUAACCAGCAAUCAUUUUGGCAAUUCAGUGAUCAGUUGAGGGUACAUACUUCAAACUUUGCAAAUCUUUCACUCAACGACUCAAUAUGGAGCAAUUCUUAUGGGGCAAAGAGGCCAAAUGAGAGGAGGAAUUUUGAUACAAGAGUUGGAGGUGAAUUGAAUUCUGUUAUCAAUUCUAAGUCAAAAGAGUCUGAUUUGAACAAUGGUUUCAAUGAUGGGUGGAAGAUAGGAGCUAGUGUUGGUGCUACUAAGGAUUUGAAUGGGUGGAAGAUAGGAGCUAGCGGUGCUGUUACUGCGGAUUUGAAUGGUUUCAAUGAUGGGUGGAAGAUGGGAUCAAGUGGUGCUGCUACUGCGGAUUUGAAUGGUAUCAAUGAUGGGUGGAAGAUGGGAUCAAUUGGUGCUGCUACUGCGGAUUUGAAUGGUUUCGAGGAUGGGUGGAAGAUAGGAUCUAGAGGUGGUGCUACGACGGAUUUGAAUGGAUUUAACGAUGGGUGGAAGAUAGGAUCUAGUGUUAACAGUUAUGGACUUGGACCUAUUGGUCAAGUUGGUGGUGGAUCUCAGAAGAAUGCUGGGAUCAAUGGUGGGUUUAACAAGGGGAUUUAUUCAAAGAAUAAUUAUAACAAUAACCUCAAUGUUCAUGUGAAGGGCAAUAAGAACAAGGGAGAGGACGAUUAUGGAGGCAAAGUUGGGAAGAAGAAUAGUAACAAGAAGAACAAUGGUGAUAGUAACAACAAUAAUGAUAGCAAGGAUAAGCAAAGUGCUGUUGACAAGAGGUUUAAGACACUGCCACCAUCAGAAUCACUGCCUAGGAAUGAAACUGUUGGUGGCUAUAUCUUUGUUUGUAACAACGAUACUAUGCAAGAGAAUCUCAAGAGGCAGCUCUUUGGUUUGCCUCCACGUUACCGAGAUUCAGUGAGGGCGAUCACUCCAGGCCUUCCCCUUUUCCUCUACAACUACUCCACCCACCAACUCCAUGGAAUCUUUAUGGCUGCAAGUUUUGGAGGAACAAACAUUGAUCCAUUAGCCUGGGAGGACAAGAAAUGCCCUGGAGAAUCACGCUUUCCAGCUCAGGUGAGAGUUGUUACAAGGAAAAUUUGCGAGCCACUGGAAGAGGACUCCUUCAGGCCAAUUCUCCACCACUAUGAUGGCCCCAAGUUUAGGCUUGAACUCAACAUUCCAGAGGCACUGUCUCUCCUGGACAUAUUCGAAGAACAAAACCCUUGAACAGCUUACCAUAUACGGGCACACUGAUACACAUACAAGGAAAGGAGAAGAUUAAGCACAUACAAGGAAUGGAGAAGAUUAAGAGUUGAUUAAAGGAUACGAGAUAAAAGGAGUUGUUUAGCUUUACUAUACUGGGAGGAUUUGAAAGAGAGGGUUUAGGGAAGGAACUAAUGGGGGAAUGGGAAGGAGGCUGAGCAUACACGCUGUAGUGUGAUGUAUAAUUUUUCAUAUGAAGGCUGUUAUGGUCCUCUUUAUUCCCUGAUUUGGCAUAUAAAUAAGUGAAAAAUGCUAAAAUGAACUAAUAUUUAUGAUGUUUUAAAGCAGUGGUAUGCUGGAAGUAUAGAUUUCACAUUUUCAUA